AUGGCGUGUGCAUUGUUGAAGGGGGCGUGGACGACAGCAGAGAAACUUCAAAAUGAUGUACAUGAUAUAAAACCAACAGCCGAGUCUGGUUUGAAAAAGUUUAAAGCCCUUACAAUUGGCCUUCGUGGGCAUGGGAUGUCCUCACUGAUUAACUCAUUUGCUUCUAUACGUGAUGGCCAAAAAGCUAUUGUUUGUAAUGCUGCUCAGAUGGAAGAAACUGUUACCACGCAUUACAGAAAUUUUGUUUAUCCUGGUACCUUGGGACAGUUUGUUCUCGGCCAUAUUUCAGGUCUUCCAUUUUUAAAAAGGGAUAUGCAUCCAUUUCUAGAAAAUAUCAAACUUAUUCUACAAGGACAUAUCAAAAGUGGAUAUAAGUUUAAUCCAGAGAAAAGAAUAUCUUCUGAUGACGAGUAUUAUGAAUCAACACCAACAUUUUCGGAUAGGAUUCAUUGUGUAAUGAUUGUCGUCGACAGUACAAUGGCGUACGAACUUCCCGCAAACUUUGUAUAUGGCGUCAAGGCGAUCAUGCAAACCAUACAUUCAAUGAAUAUCCCUGUGAUAGCCGUUCUAACGAAAACUGACAAGCUAUCACAGCAUGUCAAGUAUAGUGUAGAGUCAAUUUUCCGAUGCAGGAAAAUCCAACAGGCUGUUCAAAAUGUAUCUAAGCAACUAGAAAUUCCUGUGCCAAAGAUAUAUCCUGUUGUCAAUUUUGAAGAAAUUGGGCACUUUACAUGGAGGGAGUCAAUUCCAAUAUUGAUUGUCCUGAGAUCUCUUCUUCUUAUGGCAAAGAUGCAUUCACACAAUGCUGAUAAGGUUGAAGAAUGAGUAGUAAACAACCACAGUGGUUUAAGUUCGUUUCAGAACCUCUGAACAGACGACAUACAUAUGUUUGUUUGUUUGUUCGUCCGUUCGCUCGUUUUGUCUGUUUGUUUGCUUGGUUGUUUAAAAUGAAAGUGUAAUAUUUUGUUAAAAUGGGAGUUUCAUGAAAUUGUGAUGUAAACAUAACUUGUCAAAAUCAAAUGAUAAACUCGUAUUGCAGUCCACGAGGUAAGGAUCACUUUGUGAUCAAUGUUAAAGUACAUAGUCACAUUAUGAAUAAAUGUGUUUGAAUUGUUCUUUUAAAACAAAACACAUGUCAUCUGUAUUUAUUCAUUGAUGGUUUGCUGAAAUGAUUUAUGUAGCGUAUCUUUAUUUUU